CGUGUCUGUUUGAUAGUUAAAUAUACAGUACGCGAUUCAGUUUGUUUAUAAAAAUAUACAUAACUAUAUAUGUGAAUGAAAUUAAUUGAUAUCACAUCCGUGUUCUAAGGCACGACAGUAGAAUAGUGUACUAGUAAAUUCGUAACUCGUCAGACGUCAAACAAAAUGGGUAUUUUACAUAAGCUCCCAUACCGCACUGUGGGCUACGCGAUGGGCUUGGCUAUGCAUGCUUGCAAUUCGCUAGCCAUGUUCGUAGCCAUGCGGGGCGACGUUACGAAAGAUCCAGACAUUAUGUUCCUAAAGGACAAUCAGUUCAAAUACAUUACUAUAUGGAAUGUAAUAUUUCAAAUGCUGUUCCUCUCGAUGGCCGUCGUGUGUGACGUGUCCUUGAUGAUGAACGGUCCCGGGGAACACCGGGCGCUGGGUCUCUUGAGGAGCUACAGCAGAAUAUUCUUCGGCGGAGUCGUCUGGCCUUGUUCAACGACGAUAUUCGUGAUAUUCUGGCCGAUGUACAUCUAUGACCGGGAGCUGCUUUUCCCGGCGUACAUCGAUAAGGUGCUAAGUCAAUUAUCGAACCACGUGAUGCACACAUCCAUACUGCCCAUAGCUGUUUGGGCGCUUAUUUUUCAACCAGACAACAAACCAAGACAUCAGUUUUGGUACAAAUUUCAUCUAGUGACUGUUUUUGUCACCUAUAUAGGCUUCUUGCUCUACAACCACCGCGUGACGGGAUCCUGGCCGUAUCCUAUAAUGAACAUGAUCUACGGAACUCCAUAUUUCCCUGUAUUUUUUGUGAUAAUAUUAAUUUUUUAUAUUUAUUUAUAUUGUAUACAGUGGCGGGUCGUGGAAUUCAUAAAGGACAGAUGUCCUAAACUUAAGACUGUGUGACAACAGCUUUAGUACUUAUAUAAAAAUAUAGUUCGGUGUCUUAAUUUAUGUAAAUAAAGAAAAAUUUUAACAAA